GGGGAGGAGGAGGAGGAGGUCGCGGCUUUGGCUCAGGCUUCAGCCGAGCGGUUUGCGGGCUGUCUUCUGAGAAGUGGUUUUUUUUUGUUUGUUGUUUUUUGUUUCCCCAAAAAGCAAAUGGCUGGCAGAGACGCAUAACCCGCCUCCACUCUUCGGAUUUGUGUUGGGUUUUCUCUUGCACCUUGAGAGUCGUGAUCGUCAUGCUGUGAUGUGUGCGGAUGGAGGAAUUGAUCACCUACACCUCCUGGAUCUCAGCGCGUUUUGGACAUGACUGAGUGUCUUCAGUGGGCCAGGUAUCGCUGGCAGCGGCUGAUGGGCAGCACACGCAGGGACGACGAGGAGAGGCCGUACAACUAUUCCUCUCUGCUCGCCUGUGGGAGUGUGCCCUCUCACACUCCCAAACUGGCAGCAAAGCACCGCGUUGUUGUCCCCCACCUUCGGCCCUUCAAGGAUGAGUAUGAAAAGUUCUCUGGUACCUACGUCAAUAACCGAAUACGAACAACAAAGUACACACUUCUAAAUUUUGUGCCAAGAAACUUAUUUGAACAAUUUCACAGAGCUGCCAAUUUAUAUUUCCUGUUUCUAGCUGUCUUGAACUGGGUGCCUUUGGUCGAAGCCUUCCAAAAGGAAAUUACGAUGCUGCCUUUGGUGGUAGUCCUUACGAUUAUCGCAAUUAAAGAUGGUUUGGAAGAUUACCGAAAAUACAAGAUUGACAAACAGAUCAAUAAUUUAGUAACUAAAGUUUACAGUAGGAAAGAGAAAAAAUAUGUCGACCAAUGCUGGAAAGACGUUGCUGUUGGGGACUUCAUUCGCCUUUCCUGUAAUGAGGUUAUUCCUGCAGACAUGGUCUUACUCUUUUCCACCGAUCCAGAUGGAAUCUGUCACAUUGAGACUUCGGGUCUCGAUGGAGAGAGCAAUUUAAAACAGAGGCAGGUGGUUCGGGGAUAUGCAGAGCAGGACUCUGAAGUUGAUCCAGAGAAAUUCUCCAGUAAGAUAGAAUGUGAAAGUCCAAACAAUGACCUCAACAGAUUCCGAGGCUACCUAGAACAUUCCAACAGAGAACGCGUGGGUCUCAGUAAAGAAAAUUUAUUACUUAGAGGAUGCACCAUUAGGAACACAGAGGCUGUUGUGGGCAUCGUGGUUUAUGCAGGCCAUGAAACCAAAGCAAUGCUGAACAACAGUGGUCCAAGGUAUAAGCGCAGCAAAUUAGAAAGAAGAGCAAAUACAGAUGUCCUCUGGUGUGUCCUACUUUUGCUUGUGAUGUGUUUAACUGGUGCAUUGGGUCAUGGAAUCUGGUUGAGUAGAUAUGAAAACAUAAUAUUUUUUAAUAUCCCGGAGCCUGAUGGACAUGUCAUAUCACCAGUGUUGGCAGGAUUCUAUAUGUUUUGGACCAUGAUCAUUUUGUUACAGGUCUUGAUUCCCAUUUCUCUCUAUGUUUCCAUUGAAAUUGUGAAGCUUGGGCAGAUAUAUUUUAUUCAAAGUGAUGUGGAUUUCUACAAUGAGAAAAUGGAUUCUACUAUUCAGUGCCGGUCGCUGAACAUCACCGAGGACCUUGGGCAGAUUCAGUACCUCUUUUCUGAUAAGACGGGAACUCUCACUGAGAAUAAGAUGGUUUUUCGAAGAUGUAGUGUGGCAGGUUUUGAUUAUUGCCAUGAAGAAAAUGCCAAGAGGUUAGAGUCCUACCUGGAAGCUGCCUCUGAAGAUGAAGAUUCCAUGGACACUCCCAGCGGCUCCCUCACCAAUAUGACAAAACCGAGGACCCCCAGCUGCAGGACAGUUCAUAAUGGGCCCUUGGGAAGUAAAUCCUUGAAUCAUCUUGCUGGGAGCUGUUUAGCUGUGGGAAGUGGAGAAGGAACCAGUGAAGUGCCUCACUCCAGACAGGCUGCUUUCAGUAGCCCCAUUGAAACAGAUGUGGUACCAGACACCAGGCUUUUGGACAAAUUUAAUCAGAUUACACCUCAACUUUUUACACCACUAGAUGAGACUGCCCCAAAUCCACCACUGGAGACUUUGUAUAUCAUUGACUUCUUUAUUGCAUUGGCAAUUUGCAACACUGUAGUGGUUUCUGCUCCUAACCAACCACGACAAAAGAUUGGACUCUCAUCACUGAGUGGAAUGCCUAUCAAGUCCUUGGAAGAGAUUAAAAACCUCUUCCAGAGAUUGUCUGUGCGAAGAUCAAGUUCGCCGUCACUUGCCAGUGGGAAAGAGCCAUCUUCUGGGAUCCCAAGUGCCUUUGUGAGCAGACUCUCUCUCUUUAGUCGAAUGAAACUGGCUUCACCUGUGGAGGAAGAGGUCUCCCAAACUAGCGAGAGCCCUCGGGACUCUAGUAAUUCUGCUCGCCCUACAGAGACUGAGAAACAGAACUGUGAUGCAGGCCUCACCGAUGGCAAGGUGGAAUGCUCCCCUGGACAGCCGUUGGCCUCCAGCCUGUGUUAUGAGGCUGAGAGUCCAGACGAAGCGGCCUUGGUGUAUGCCGCCCGGGCUUACCAAUGCACUUUACGGUCCCGGACACCAGAGCAGGUCAUGGUGGACUUCGCUGCUUUGGGGCCAUUAACGUUUCAACUCCUGCACAUCCUGCCCUUCGACUCAGUAAGAAAAAGAAUGUCUGUUGUUGUUCGACACCCCCUUUCCAACCAAGUCGUGGUAUACACAAAGGGUGCGGAUUCUGUAAUCAUGGAGUUGCUCUCUGUGGCUUCCCCGGAUGGAGCAAGUCUGGAAAAACAACAGAUGAUAAUAAGAGAGAAAACCCAGAAACACUUGGACGACUAUGCCAAACGAGGCCUACGCACGUUAUGUAUAGCGAAGAAGGUCAUGAGUGACACUGAAUACGCAGAGUGGCUGAGGAACCACUUUUUAGCAGAAACCAGCAUUGACCACAGGGAAGAGUUACUCCUUGAAUCUGCCAUGAGGUUGGAGAACAAGCUAACUUUACUUGGUGCUACUGGCAUUGAAGACCGUCUGCAGGAGGGAGUCCCCGAGUCUAUAGAAGCCCUUCAAAAAGCUGGCAUCAAGAUCUGGAUGCUGACAGGGGACAAGCAGGAGACAGCUGUCAACAUAGCUUAUGCAUGCAAACUACUGGAGCCAGAUGACAAGCUCUUUAUCCUCAAUACCCAGAGUAAAGAUGCCUGUGAGAUGCUGAUGAGCACAAUUUUGAAGGAACUUCAGAAGAAGAAUCCAGCCUGUCCAGAGCAAGCAUUGUUAAGUGAGGGCUUACACCAGUCCCCAGCCACACAGGACUCAGGGCUGCGGGCUGGACUCAUCAUCAAUGGGAAGACCCUGGAGUUCGCCCUGCAGGAGAGUCUGCAGAAGCAGUUCCUGGAGCUGACUGCCUGCUGUCAAGCUGUGGUCUGCUGCCGAGCCACCCCCCUGCAGAAAAGCGAGGUAGUGAAGUUGGUGCGCAACCAUCUCCAGGUGAUGACGCUGGCCAUCGGUGAUGGUGCCAAUGAUGUCAGCAUGAUACAGGUGGCAGACAUUGGGAUGGGGAUCUCCGGUCAAGAAGGCAUGCAGGCUGUGAUGGCCAGUGAUUUUGCCAUUUCUCAGUUCAAGCAUCUCAGCAAGCUCCUCCUUGUCCACGGGCACUGGUGCUAUACACGGCUUUCCAACAUGAUUCUGUAUUUUUUCUACAAGAACGUGGCCUAUGUGAACCUCCUUUUCUGGUACCAGUUCUUUUGUGGAUUUUCAGGAACAUCCAUGACUGACUACUGGGUUUUGAUCUUGUUCAACCUCCUUUUCACUUCCGCUCCUCCUGUCAUUUAUGGUGUUUUGGAGAAAGAUGUGUCUGCAGAGACCCUCAUGCAACUGCCCGAACUUUACAAGAGUGGUCAGAAAUCAGAGGCAUACUUACCCCUUACCUUCUGGAUCACCUUGUUGGAUGCCUUUUAUCAAAGCCUGGUCUGCUUCUUUGUGCCUUAUUAUACCUACCAGGGCUCAGACAUUGACAUCUUUGCAUUUGGAAACCCCCUGAACACAGCUGCUCUGUUCAUCAUUAUCCUCCACCUGGUGAUUGAAAGCAACAGUUUGACCUGGAUCCACAUGCUGGUCAUCGUUGGUAGUGUCUUGUCUUAUUUUCUCUUUGCCUUGGCGUUUGGAGCCAUGUGUGUGACUUGCAACCCGCCAUCCAACCCCCACUGGAUCAUGCAGGAGCACAUGCUGGAUCCAGUGUUCUACUUGGUUUGUGUCCUCGCAACCUGCGUCGCCCUUCUGCCAAGGUUUGUAUACCGAGUUCUUCAGGGAUCCCUAUUUCCAUCUCCAGUUCUAAGGGCGAAGCACUUUGACAGACUGACUCCAGAGGAGAGGACUAAAGCUCUCAAGAAGUGGGCAGAGGCUGGAAAGAUGGGCCAAGUGACACCCAAGAAUGCUGAACACUCAGACUCCAAGUCAGAGAAAAGAGCUAAGUCUGGCCCUGCUGACAGCUUUGCAAUGAUGUCAGCACCUUCUCGUCCUGUUGACCAGGGAGACUUCUCUGUCCAUGAAACUGCUUUGGACUCAGACUACUGUGAAACCAAGGCCUCAGGGAUGGCUGGGCCCCCAAAGGGUUAAAAAAAAAAAAAGCAUUGUAGCCUCCUUGGAGUUGCAAGUAUUCCCUCAGAUUUGGAAGAGGGACCUUGAAGAGGCACCUCUAUCAAGAAUGAAAUGGAUUUUUCCCUAAGGGACAUGAACAUUCAUUCUACUGUGCUUGGAAAAGCCAAUGUGAUGACCUUUAUCAUAUGUUUGUAGAUACAUUUGUAAAAGGACUUGGAGUGUGACCUGAACAGAGUUUAGGGAAGUGAAAUACUUAAUUCAGAAUCAAAUGCUUUUAUGAAACUUUUUGGACUUUGUAAAAGCUCUUUUAUUGUCUUACAAGUGCAGACAUUCUUAAGGGAUUCCUUUGAGAUGUAUUUAUUUAAUUGGGAGAUCUCCGAUUCCAGGGAAGUGUUUUCAAUGAGCAGACUCCAAUCUGAAUUGUUUUAAAUGAAGAAAAAGUAGUUUUCAGAUCAGUUAGAACUCCAAAGAGAAAAAAAUGUUACAUAUAAAUGGUUCACUUCCAGAAACAAAAUUCAAAGAACCUUCUAAUGACAGUGUACCUAAAAUAGGGUAAUAGCUAUACUAUUUGAAAUGGAGUUAGUGAUUAUUAGUAGCUUAUUUCAUGCAGGAAGAUGCCUUUGGUCGCCUGCAGAUGUUAGGCAUAUCUUUCUGCUCAUGUCAGUGUUCUCUUGAGGGGGAGUCUUCAUUGGGAAAGGGCAGAGGGAUGCCAGGGUUCCGUAGGAAUGUGUUUCUCUCUCAGCUUUCAGUCAAAAGACAACCUUUUAUGAGGUCUGCCUCUAUGCAGCUGUUGUCAGUUGGGACACAGACCAUAGGUAGGGGCAGACAGAAUCAGCUGAGUCUCUAGCCUAUUUGGCAAUUUCUUGUAUUCUAAAACUUACAAUCGAAAGCCUGAUCAAAAUGAGACAAUCAAUUUCAAAACAGUCUUUCAGAGACCAUUUGAGGGUUCAUGGUCCUUACAGAAUCCUACAAAUUCUCUGGUGUUACAACUUUUAAAAGUGAUUUACUGUGAAUUGGGACUGAUACAGGUGGUUCUCAGAAGGAUUUCAUGAGGUUCUUAGAAAACUUCAUUUUUUAAAUAUAUUUUAGGACAGGAAUGUCCAUAGCAAGUUACUUGCUGUUGCAAAUCAUGUAUGCUGGCUUUAGUUGGAACAAAGUGUAGUUUACCAAGUAAGCCCAGGUAUUAUAAGAUCAUCUAUUCUUGUUGAGUUCUUUUUAAAAUUCAGUAUCUAUUCAUCUGAACAUUGUCAGCCACUAGUCACCCAGAAUCUCCUUCCUGAAAUCUCCAUGCUAAUAUUCUCUGUCUGUAUCAAGGUCUUAUGACUAUUAAUCUGUUAUUCUCAGGGCUUGAUAUUUUCCUGAUACCUACUUUCCUGGUCUGACAUUUUUUUUUUUUUAUAACUGUCUGAUGCUACUACAAAUAGUCUUUUAUACAGACUGAUUUCUAGAACUUUCAAAAUCCCACAUGGAUAUUAGAGGUUGCUUUCUGCUUUCUUAAUGAUUUUUUUAAAAUUGUUUAAUAAAUAAUUUGUACAAAAAACUGUCAUCAUUCCUGUAGAUACCACUGAACCUAAUAGUAAUUGUUACCUGAGCUUAGAAGGAAGCUCUUAAAGCACACCUUUUACCAGAAUAUUGUAGUGACCUUUUCUUAUAUGGAAAAAUCAGUAAUGUCAUAGCAGCUGGCAUUCAUUCUCUGAAUAUAAAUAAAGGGUUAGAAUGUAAAGAGAAAAGAAUAAGCCAAGAAGACUAAGAAAAAAAGUUAAGUUUCCAGAUGUCAAGUAUCCGUACGUAAGAGUAGAAGAAACUCGAGUGUUCAUGUUAUGUGUCCGCAAUCUCUUAUCCACAAUUCUAAAAUCCCAAGAGGUCUGAAACGUGAGGGUUUUUUCAUAAGUUAGGCACAAAUUAAAUGUACCAGACAGAUGUAAAACUAUUUAUUCAGUAUAAUUAUUCAGGUGUUUUGCUACAAAAAUGUAUAACUGGGUGCUAAACUGUAUUGUAUCUUUUAGAUUCUGAAAAAUUCAGGAUUCUGUCACACAGCUAGCCCUCAGGCAAAAAAAGAUUUGGGAUCCAUAUCAAGCCCUUAACAGGCCUCAUUUACAAGUGAGUAACCUUUACACAAAGUUACUGCAUUUUGGUGUUCAAUAUAUUUUCCCAAAUUUGAGGGAUCAUUGUUCUUUAUAGCCAGAAAAAAAUGGUUAAUAAUGUGUAUUUUGAGGUAUAAUUUUAUCCCAAAAGAUUUAUAAAAGAAUUAUUCCAGGCUCCCAAAAUGUACUCUGUAGACAUGAAAGAUCCUUGGACUCUUACCAGGAUCAAAGUUUUCUUUGGACACUUAAGUAACCUGAGACUAUUAGCAACCUUUCACUUCAAAAAGCCAUCCGUUACCUAAAAUAAAAGAGCACGUUCCUGUGAGAGGGAGUCCAAGACAGGUAAAUUCAGGUUGGUAGGCGGCUGGGGCCAACAAUUAUGGUGGGAGACACAGUUUCCUGGGACUUUCCAUCCAUGUUCUAUGUCCAAUAAAAAAAUAAA